UAGCUAGAAACAGCUGUUUGUUUGGGAGUGUGUGUCUCUCAGCAGGUAGAGGUCUCAGGGUCUAUCUGAGGGUGACAAGACAGUAUGAUCCCUCUACUUCUCUCCCUGCUCCUGGCUUGGCCUCCAGGGACAGGGGCACAACAGGACCCACUCAUGCCCUUCAUGGAGAACCUUGACGCAGACAGUAACGUCAUCCUGAAGUGGGGGUUCAGUGAGGUCCAGGGCACCAUCAUGUUCCAGCUGACCAUCAAGACCACUGGCUGGCUGGGAUUCGGGUUCAGCCCAAAUGGAGGCAUGGCUGCAUCGGACAUCGUUAUGGGAGGGGUCGGACCAAAUGGCACCUAUUUCAUGGAUUAUCAUGCCACAGGGAACUCAUUUCCCCUGGUGGAUAAGAAACAGAGCUACACCCUCCUGUCCCUGACCGAGGCAGAUGGUCAAACCACCAUGACCUUCAGGAGGCCCAUCCAGUCUUGUGACGAGGAAGACUUCCACAUCACCGUAAUAUCCAUGUUGAGUAACCAGCAACCCACUGUCCUGUCCUGUCAUGACAGAUAG